GGUCAGAACAGAGGAAGCCAAGAAGGGGAUCAAGGAAACCUCUAGCAUCGUAGAUAAACACCCCUGAAGAGGUGUGAACCCAGCGGUCACACAGCUGCAAAUAUACCAGAAAGAACCGUAAAAGGGUCCUUGACACAGCGAGGGUCAAGAUGUCUGAGACAUACGACUUCCUGUUCAAGUUCCUAGUGAUCGGCAGUGCUGGUGCUGGGAAAUCCUGCCUCCUCCACCAGUUCAUCGAGAACAAGUUCAAACAGGACUCCAACCACACCAUCGGCGUGGAGUUUGGUUCCAGGGUGGUCAAUGUCGGCGGGAAGACGGUCAAACUGCAGAUCUGGGACACUGCCGGACAGGAGCGAUUCCGUUCUGUGACGCGUAGCUACUACAGAGGAGCAGCUGGAGCCCUGUUGGUGUAUGACAUCACCAGCCGUGAAACUUACAAUGCGCUGACCAACUGGCUGACGGACGCACGGACACUAGCGAGCCCCAACAUCGUCAUCAUCCUGUGCGGAAAUAAGAAAGACCUGGACGCGGAGAGAGAAGUGACGUUUCUGGAAGCCUCGCGGUUUGCUCAGGAGAACGAACUAAUGUUUCUGGAGACGAGCGCUCUGACGGGUGAAAACGUCGAGGAGGGAUUCCUGAAAUGUGCUCGCACUAUCCUCAACAAGAUAGAUUCAGGGGAGUUGGACCCUGAGAGGAUGGGCUCAGGGAUCCAAUAUGGAGACGCCUCACUGAGGCAGCUGCGGCAGCCGAGAGGCACGACGACACAAAACAAGCAGCAGUGUAACUGCUAGGGGUCAGACUCCGACCUUACUUGAACCCGCUGGCCCAUAUGGAGAGACCGCCCCCUACAGCUCAUCUCCAGGUGUUUUUGGGUGUGUGCGACUGCUGUCUCAUGCACUUUAGACCACCUGGAUCAAUGUUGGUGGGUUGGGGGCACUACUUUGACCCCUGACCUCCAACCUCUGGUAAGCCUCCUUACCUGAGUGGUUCAGGUUUUCAUCCCGCAUCUGGACAGCUUAACCCCCUCCCUCUCAGUGCGAAGACGGUACGAUCACGAAGAAGGCACGAAGAUGCCAGAGGAGGACAAGUCAAGGGUUGUUUGUUUUGAGCUUCUCUCCCGUCGUUUUCCGUCUUCGCUUUCCCACGCUGGUUUUAAGCAACCAUAAGAUGUUUUCCUAAGUUUGCACUUCAUUGACUGUAAAUGAUUGUGAAGCUCCUUCGAGCAUUUUCAUCACUCGGCCUUCGGCUGAUUAGUUAAUCGAAGCAAAUCGUAACCGAUAGUGACUCUGUGAUAAACGGUCUAAAUGUGUACUUUUAAAAGAGGUCAUCUUCCUCCAUAGUUUGGCUUAAAAAUGUCGUAUUCAGGUUUCUAUCAGACGUAAUGUCGGUGGUUUGUCAUCUUGUGAUACUUCUCGUUUGAUCAGAAAAUUGAAGAGUAGUGGGGCUCAGGUGGAGCUCACUCAGACCCAGAGUGUUCAAUCAUUGAGUGUUGAAGUGGAAAAUGCUUGGUUUUUGUAUUGCAAAUGCACUGUAAUGAUGCAGAGCGAUGGCUUUUAGGUUAUGCUCCAUACUUUAAAUCCACAGUUUUGGUCAGAGGUUUGCAUCCUUUCAUCCACCACAUUGAUCCUGUUCUUUCUUCUUUUUUUUCCUGCAAUGAUUAUAUACCAUACAGUUGCAAUGAGUUUUAGAUGCAAGAAUUGGGAGCACCAAUGUGAAUUGAUUGCGGCUUUUCUUGUUGUUGUUGUAGUCCACACAGCGUCAAAAUUACAUAUGAACCCUCAUAUAUAAACAUACAGUAAUAUUUGCACAAAUUUCUCUUUGCUAGCUGUAGAGAAACUACACGUCUUGUAGCCAUAAUAAUAAUUCUGCCUGGACGUUUUUGCCAGUCUUCUCAAAUUUGUUUCGGGACGGCUCAAACUGUGGAGCAGAGUUUUCACAUUUUCAGUAGGGUUCAGAGCAGAGUAUGUGUAUGUAUAUUUAUAUAUAUAUAUACUGUAUAUACAUAUACUGUAUGCACACAUGUAUUUACAAUUUAACAUCUUCACACGUGUUGUUUUCGAAGCCAUUGAAGCUGUAUGUUCUAUAAUAAUUUUAUACUCCAAAGAACACUUGAAACAACUAAUUUCAGCCCAAAUUAAAAGGUGACUAUUCAUUUAAAUAUCUGACCUAAACUGUGUUUUACUCCAAAGUUUCACUCCCCUCCACGUCAAAGUGGAACAAAGAGGAAAUUUGAUUUCCAAAGUUUCCAACAUGUAAAUAUUGAGCGAUAUUAAAAAGUAAAGGCGGUAGGACCUCUCUGAUGUCUAGUCCCAACGCACUGACAGAUUAGGAGUCAUUUGCCUUUUUAUUAAAAACCAGUGUUUUGCUCCUCUUCCUGGGCUUUU